AAACGCGUUUCCGCUCCUCAAAUCGCCGAAGAAGAACUCAACUUUACACUGCGCUGAAUGCGUUGCUAAUAUUGAAUACCCGUAAUUAGACUUUUUGUGGAGUAAAUACACUUCUUAAAAUAAAACACAAUGGACGUGGGAGAGCUGCUAAAUUAUCAGCCUGAGCGUGGAGGCAAGCGACCGAGAGAGGAAAGCGGCUCUGAAGAGUCUCGGGUGAAGAAGACGGCGAGCCGGGAGCCUCCGAGACUCGUGCCGCAGCUGCCCGAGUCUACGCCGGAAGAUCCCGAGAACAGAGAGAGGAUCUUAGAGAAGCUCAUGGACCAGGACGAGGUGGACCCUGAGGCUGAGCCGGUGGAUGAGAGCAUGGUGAAGAAGAUGAUCUUGACCUUCGAGAAGAGGUCCUACAAAAACCAGGAGCUCAGGAUUAAAUUCCCAGACAAUCCAGAGAAGUUCAUGGAGUCUGAACUGGACCUGAACGACAUCAUCCAGGAGAUGCAUGUGAUCACCACCAUCCCUGAGCUCUAUCACCUGCUGGUGGAGCUGAACGCUGUGCAUUCUCUGCUCGGCCUGCUGAGCCACGAAAACACAGAUAUCGCCAUCGCCGUGGUGGACCUGCUGCAGGAGCUCACAGACGUCGAUACACUGAACGAGAGCGAGGAAGGAGCCGAGGUCCUCAUCGAUGCUCUGCUGGAGGGCCAGGUGGUGGCGCUGAUGGUGCAGAACAUGGAGCGAUUGGAUGAGACUGUGAAAGAAGAAGCAGACGGGGUUCACAACACGUUAGCUGUGGUGGAAAACAUGGCCGAGUUCAGACCGGGUUUGUGCACCGAAGCCGCUCAGCAGGGUCUCAUGCAGUGGCUCCUCAAGAGGAUUAAGGCGAAGAUGCCAUUCGAUGCUAACAAGCUGUACUGCAGUGAGAUCCUGGCCAUCCUCCUCCAGAACAACGAUGGCACCAGGGAGCUUUUGGGCGAGAUGGACGGCAUUGAUGUGCUCCUGCAGCAGCUUUCAGUGUUCAAGAGGCACAACCCGUCCACACCUGAGGAGCAGGAGAUGAUGGAGAACCUGUUCGACGCUCUCUGUUCCUGCCUCAUGUUGGCGGCUAACCGUGACCGCUUCCUAAAGGGGGAGGGGCUUCAGCUGAUGAACCUCAUGCUCAGGGAGAAGAAGUUGUCCCGCACAAGCGCCCUCAAGGUCCUGGAUCACAGCAUGAUUGGUCCCGAGGGCACCGAUAACUGCCACAAGUUUGUCGACAUCCUCGGACUUCGUACCAUUUUCCCGCUCUUUAUGAAGACGCCGAAGAAGAUGAGGAAAGCGGGAGUGUCGGACAAGGAGCAUGAAGAGCACGUGUGCUCCAUCCUGGGGUCCAUGCUGAGGAACCUGAAGGGGCAGCAGAGGAGCCGACUGCUCAGCAAGUUCACUGAGAACGACUGUGAAAAGGUGGACAGACUGAUGGAGCUGCAUUUUAAGUACCUGGAGGCCGUUCAGCUUGCCGACAGGAGAAUUGAUGGAGAGAAACACGACAUGGUGAGGCGAGGCGAGAUCCUGGACGACGCCAUGGAGGACGAGUUUUACCUGCGGCGUCUAGACGCCGGCCUUUUCGUCCUACAGCUGAUCUGUUACGUCAUGGUGGAGAUCAGCAGUGCAGGAGUUCCACAGCUGCAGCAAAGGGUGCACCAGAUCCUGAACCUGAGGGGGGGAUCGGUGAAGACGGUACGGCACAUCAUGAGAGAACACGCCGAGAGCAUCGGCGACGGGAAGAACGAGGAGUACCGGCUGAGCGAGCAGAAACGCAUCAUGGAGCUUCUGGAGGAGUUCUAACGCUCCGGAUCGGGAUGCGAGCGAGCGUAUUCUGCACCCUGUGGUUUCUCUGUAAAUAAAGUUGUUUGAUGAAGUGAUCAAGGCUGAGUGAAUGUGAAGGUCGAUGCCGAUGCGUGUUUUUGUUGCUUUUUGGAUAUCGAGGUCAUUUUGUAUAGACUUUGAGACGUGAUGAAACCUGAAAAACAUGUAAUUAAAUUUUCUUUGUCA